GAGCGUUGCAGCCACUCACCUGCUCACCCAACCAGCCCAGCCUCGCCAAUCCUCCCGUCAAGCCGUUGUUUGACCUGCAUUCCACCACCGUGUCCAGUCUCGCUGCAAUGUCUAAACAGCCAGGCAUCCUUCUGGAAGAUCAUCUUAUUGGCUGGACCAUAUUGUUGGCCGCUUUCAUCGGGGCUGUUGUCCUUGAUCUUGACCAUUCUCGGCCUCCUCCUCUCGUGCCCCGCCUUGGGUCGUUGAAUCUCCAUAUUCAAGAGGGAAUCAUAAUAGAGAGACUUAAGAUUGUGAUCCAAGCUGCAGAUUACUCCACAAACCAGGAAAUCCAAAAAACAGAUCACCAGGCUCAGGACUUGGCGUUGGCGAUUGAUCCUCCUUGGCAGUGGAGUGCGGGUUUGUCUGACGUGCACAUCACCACGUUUUCGAGGCCAAGCGUUAAUGCAGCAGGACGGACCACUACUAAUGACGGGCAAAAAAGAAACGAUGAGCCAACCUCCGUAAAGACAGACAUUUUGGUCUUCUCGCUUCUGCACUAUUCAUGUCGUCGACGCUGACCAAGGCAGCAGCAGCACCACUACCCAUGGAAACGACCAACGACUCGACGGAUCGCCUCAUGUUCCACAACUCUAACAGACACUGCCUCGGGUUCAUCACAUCUCCAACCCAUCCAUCCAUCUGCCCAAGCUGCUGUCAUCUCAACUGUCAACCGCCCGUCCAGCCAGUCAAGAUCAGUCACGCUCAUCUCUUCCCAACUUUCUCCCUCGUCAAAAAUCUUAGCUCUGGAACGAGUUGAGACCCACACAGCCACAGCCCACCUUACAAGCACAUGCGCCCUGUUUCAGGACGGCAGUGACCGGGGGCCCAUGAGGCUCUGUUAAGCUUCUUUCAAACAUUAUCUGUGCCAAGACAGGGUUGCUGGGGACCUCCCCCAGAGCCCCACUCCUCCCCCGAAACGCCCGGCUGGCCAAUGCCCUCUUGGUUUGAUGGCGAACUGUUCCAUUCUGGACCUGUGCCCGAUGAGCACUUUUCCUGCUGCUCGCUCUCGUCAUAACCAGCCGCCAUGAUUCAACGCUGCUUCCUGGCCCCUUUCCCUCUCCAUGGCUGCAUGGGUUGCAUGUUUGGUUGGGUUUCUCCCUCGCCGCCGAUGGAGCCCAGUUCAUGUCUGGGACCUCCGAGCUGUCCGUCACAAUACCACGCACUGUGGGCGGAUCCCGCAACUACCGACGCUACGGCGACAGGUUGACAGCACACUACUGUCAGCUGGAGCGCGCCGCUACUCAUGAUCCUCCCCCAGCCGGACAGCCCGCCAGCCCGCCUCGCAGCAACAGGAUCGAGGCUCUUCUCCGUCUCCACACCAUGUUCCCGAGUGGAUUCACUUUCCCGCCGACCCGCUGCCGCUCCUCGCUUACCUAGGGAACCCGCCGAUCUCAUGGACGAUCAGCCAAGUUUCAUGCUGGAGCGGGUGCCCACAAGAUAGAGUUUACUCAACUUCGGUCCCGGGCGGGUACUACCUGUCCAGCAGGCGUCAAGGUGGAGUGCUGCACGUUUGAUCCACGGUUUGGCUCAACCCUGCUCCCGCAUCGACCAUGCAUCUCAACUACCGUGCAGUGCUACCCACGAUCCGCACGGCGCCAAUGGCCAUACUUCUCCUGUAUGAUUUCCAGAUCUUCUGCCAAGCCCAAACGACCCGGUGAUCUCAGCGUGAUCCACGAUUGGUCUGUUUAGUUUCCGCUGGAUGCGGCAACCAAGGCGCUGUUGCACGACCGCCCCAGGACCCAACAGCACGUCACUGAACUGUGAUCUCCCUGCCAAGUCGCUUGCACAUGCCCGCCCAGAGUGUGGUUCUGGCGGCUCGAGAGCUUUGUUGCUGUCUCGUCUCCACCUCGACUGCCUGGCCGCCCCGGGUAGCAGCGCUGCCCCUGUGGUGCGGGCCUUUUACCUGCUCGUCCCAUCCUUGGCCGAGGACAUGAGCCCACAGUCUGAACCCGGCUGUCAUCCUUGGUCUGGGAACAGUAACAUUCAGAUGAGAUGAAGUUGAUGUUUCGUUAGACGCUAGUAAGUAGAGGUCAUUGCAAGUUGCAACCUCCUCCAUGUCCCAGACUUAGACGGCUCCCAAGUUUCCGUCCAACCCCCCGGGCCGUCCAAACAAGGAUGGAGGACUGUUGGUGGAUGAGAUGGGGAGACGAGAUGGAUAUAAGACUGUUCCCUCCUUCUCACUUCCCAAUAGAGUUCUUUUCUUGGUCAGGCAGCUUCUGCACCAACUCCCAAGUUCACUUUUCUUCUUUCUUUCCAGUGGAUCUGGUUCUUUUCGCCCACCCUCCUUCCAAGUAAUCACGGGUUGAUCCCAUUUCCUUCUUUCUCUUGAGCUGUGCUCUAGACCUUCCUUCUUCACACACACCACACUAUCCUUUCCCACACACACCGCCAAGAUGAAGAACAUCGGAAGCUUGGCCAUGCUGCUCCUCGCAGGAGCCGGCUACGUGGCCUCCCUGCCCGCUGGUGACAUGCCGCAGAACGAGGUCCGUGCCGUCGGGUAUGACGCCUACUACGACAUCGUCGCCCGGGAGCCAAAGAAGAACAAGAACAAGGGCGGCGCUGCCGCUGCUGCUGCUGCCGCCAACGGAACUGCCAACGCCGCUGAUGCCGCCGCUGAUGGAGCGGCCAAGGGCAAGAAGGGCAAGAAGGCCGGCAAGAAGGCCAAGGGGGCCGCCGGCGCUGCGGCUGCAGCCAACAACGGCACUGCAAAUGCUGCUGAUGCUGCCGCUGGUGCUGCCGAUGCUGGAAACGGAAAGAAGGGCAAGAAGGCAAAGGGUGCUGCGGCGCAAGACGCCAAUGCUGCUGCGCAAGAUGCGAACGCUGCUGGUGCGGCUAAUGCGGCCGAUGCGGCCAAUGCUGACGCGGGUAAUGCAAAGAAGGGCAAGAAGGCAAAGGGAGCCGCCGCCGGUGCUGCAGCAGCAAACGGCACGGCUAACGCUGCUGAUGCGGCCAACGCGGACGCCGGAAACGGGAAGAAGGGCAAGAAGGCGGCCAAGGAUGCUCAGAACGCCGCCAACGCGCAGGACGCCAACGCACAGAACGCCGGCGCCGCUGACGCACAAAACGCCGGCGGUGCCGACCAACUCACCCAGCUCCUCGAGGGCCUGGCGGGCGGUGCUGCCGGGGGCGGCAACGCCAAGAAUGCUGAUGCCCAGGCCGGUGGUGUCGAUGAUCUCCUCAGCGGCCUGCUCGGCAACCUGAAGCGGGACGAGGAGUCCACGCUCGAGGCGCGCCAGGGCAAAGGCAAAGGCAAGGCUGGUGGCAAGGGCAAGGCAGCCGCCGCAGCUGGAAAGGGAAAGGCUGGUAAGGGCAAAGCAGCCGCAGCCGGCGGAAACGCAGCCAAUGCCAACGCGGCCGCAGCUGGAGGAAACGCCAACGCGGCCGCAGCUGGAGCAAAGGGCAAGAAGGGCAAGAAGGCAAAGGCAGCAGCCGCCCAAGCAGCCGCCGCCUCAUCCUCGCAGGCCGCCGCCGCCGCCGCGGCGACAGGAGCCGCCAAUGCCAAUGCAGCUGAUGCCAACGCAGCCGGCGCAGCGACUGGCAAGGCAGCAAAGGCGAACAAGAACAACGGAAACAACGCAGCCAAUGCUAAUGCAGCUGAUGCCAAUGCCAACAACGCGGCAGCCUCCGCAGACGACUUCGUGAACCCGGCCGCCAGCAACGGAGCCAAGGGCGAAGCCGCCGCGGCCGCGGCGGCGAGCGCGGUGGCUCUGGGCCCCGGCGCGCUUACUGGUGAUGCCGCCGCUGCGGCGCAGACGCCUGCUGCUAAGGCUAACGGCGGUGGGAAGAAGGGCAAGAAGGCUGCUGCUGCUGCGAAUGCUGGUGCCUAAGUCUGUGUUGUGAGGAAAUGGAAAAGGGGGGGCUUUCUAUAGACUGAGGAGGGUUUGGUGAUCGCCCGCUUUUAAAGUCCGGGUUGGGUUAACUAUAUUUUAUUUAUGAUUAUGAAAUGGUGGAUCGGUGGGUGUGUGCGCGGACACACGCCCUAUGUAUUUUGAAUAUCCCCGGAGAGUUAGUUGGGCGUCUUUAAAACUCGGACUUUUUUGACUGUCAUUCUCGGAAUGGAAUUUGGAGAAUAAUGAUAGAGUUCCCGGUGUUCA